AUGGACUCAGAGCUCAUAUGCGGAUCGAUGUUUCCUCUAGUACGGCGUCGCGAGCUUCACACGUGGAACUUCCCCUUAAACGGUCAAUGUUUAAGGCGCAAUGCAGCCGCGCGCGUUGCCAUCUGGAAGAAAAGAAAAAGCGACAAAAGCUCCAAGCUGUGGAUCCAAAGUUGUUACUCCGAUGAAGCCCCUUUGGGCACGAAACUACCGCUCACAGUCCGCAAGCGAUACAGCGGAGGCACGCACACUCCGAUGGACCGUGAAAUUGCUGCUCAAGCCAUUGUGCAGGCAAUAUCAGGCACACAGCCUCUCACAGGACAUGGCUAUGGACUUUGGGAAGCGCAUCUCCUAUCUGACCUCCUAUGGUAUAUCGGCGACUUCCGAACCACCGCUCCCCAAAUGUCUUAUCCCGUGCCGACGUGGUCGUGGCUUGCCGUCGACGGAAAAGUGGGCUCUCGUCAAGCUGUACGGUCCGAUGAAAUCAGAGGAUCCGCCAGCCGUGUCAUCACAACGGCGCAAUUGGUGUUAGAUAAUCCUAGCCCUCUGUCUGGAUUACAGCUGGAGUACCUUCUGACAUUAAGAUGUCCUGUUCUGCGCGGGGUUGAGGUCACACGCACGUCUGUGGUGACGGGCUACUGGAUUUUCAUCGUAACGCAGUUUGAAAAGGCGAAAACUGUAUUUCGACCAGGCACAACGGAUGUCGAUACUUCUGAGCUCAUGUUCUGUGCCGAGCUGGUCAGAGGAGUAUUUUUUGCGCGGACAGAUAAAAAGGAAAGAACCGAAGCAUGGAGUAAUGGCAUUGUGCUGAGGAGGUUUGACCUUGGUCGAAUGGAUAGGCCGGUUUACAAAGAGUCGGCAGGUUUUGGAUGCAGUGGCCCGUGA